AUGCGGCCAGGACCCGGGCUGGUCGUGAUGGCGCUUGCGUUUAUUUCGGGGGCUCGGCGUGGCAGCAGCAGCAGCAUCAGCUCAACGACGACGACGACGACAGCAUCCACAUCAAUAGGAACAACAUCAGCAGGAGCAGCGGGAGCAGCAGCAGUAGGAGCAGGAGGAGCAGGAGGAACUGGAGGAACUGGAGCAACUGCAGCAGGCACAGAAGCAGGUGGACCAGGUGGAGGUGGACUGGGAGGAGGUCACAGAGGUGGAGGAGUUGGAACUGCGUUACCGUCCAGAGGCGAGUCGUCGUCAUUCAUUAGCAGCUCUGGCUCAUAUCUGCUGCCCAUCUUUCUGCCCCACCAUCUCGACUUGUACCGUCGGCCCACGCCCCAGGCCAUCUACCAGCUGCCACCCACUUACCAGCACGCCCACGACCACGACGAUCCGCGUGCCCGCACCGAGGCCCUCAGCGCGAGGCUACAGCGUCGAAGGCGACGCGAGCGCAGCCUCAGUAGCGAUAUUGUUGGCAGGGCUGGAGGGACAGGGAGUGGAGCGAGAGCAGGAACGGGGACGGGAACGAGGACUGAGUCCAGCAACGAGGAGGAGGAGACCGAACAGGAGCCAGAGGAAAGCGGUCUGCCAGUGCAGUAUUCAUCCUCACAAGCGUUAGACGAGGACGAGGACAUCUUUGCCCUUGUGGCCGAGGACGAUUUGCUUUCCGAAGAGUCCUUCGAUCGCUUGAUAAAGCUCAACGAGGACGUGGACGAGGAGGAUAAGCUCACGGAAGAGGAUUACAAUAUCCAGCAGCAGCCGCAUCUGCAACAGCACGAGCCAGUCCAAGAGUUGGAGGCGGAUACCGAGACAGAGACGGAAACAGAAACAGAAACGGAGACGGAGCCUGAGCAACAGCAGCGGGACGAGAGCAGCCUGAUUGAUGAGAGUGUCCUGCAGCACAGCGACAACAACAGCCCGAAGGAGUUUCCUUCCACCAACAGCAACAGUAAAAGCAACAGCAACAGCAACAACAAUAAUAACAACAAGAGAGAAGCUACCGGCAACAUCCUUGAUGCCCAGGCGGCUCAGCUGAUUGGUCACAAGGAUAACAGCUGGUCCGGCGGCGCCUUUAGCGCCACCGCUGCAGUGGCCGUAGCCGGGUCAGCGGCAGCGGCAGCAGAAGCCAGAACAGCAGGAGGCGGGACAGCAAGAUCCCUGCCAGACCCCGUGGAGCUGAAGAAGAGCAUACUCGGCACUGCGUCCUCAUUAACACGCCUUAAUCCUUGGAUAUCAGCCUGUGAUCUGGCACAGCCGGGCACAGGCACCGACUUGCAGGGUCAGUGCUCGGCUGGCACACUGCCCAUGGCCUGGGUCGAUGAGGGACCUGGGCCCCCAACGUGUCCGCGUUCCUGCGCCGAGCAGCAGCAGCCCCCACAGAAACGGACCGCAGCGCCCGGAGAGGGCUCCAUGUCGAAGAGGAGCGUCACCAGUAACAAUAAAGCCAAGUAUUUCGUAAACUAUAAGACAUCCCAGAUGCGCUUGGGUCACAGCAGUCGAGUCAUGUCGCGGGUGCGCAGGGAGCGGGAUCGCAGCGAAGGGGAUCCUCCGGUCACGGACAUCCCCACCACAACAGAGGCCGAGCAGGACCUGGAGCUUGAGCUGGGGGAGAGUGCGGCUGCAUUCUCCACCAUGGCCAGCCCCAGCACCGAGGACAUGGAUGCGGCGGCAGAGCCAACGUUGUCCUACAGCCAUCUGCAUGCCCAGCCGCAGAUUCACCUCGACGCAGCGGACCAGCCGGAGCAGGGGCACGCUGGAGCUGGAGCUGGAGCAGAGGCUGAGGAUGAGCAACAACAGUGCCUUGAUUAUCUGGGCGAUGCCGCCGAGUCGAGUCCGCAGCAUCUGUGCGGCCUGGAGUCACCCACGGAGCUGCUGAAGCGGCUGCGGACGCUGCGCCUUCGGAACUGCUGCGAGAGGAGUGUGUUCAGCGCUCUGCACACGCUGGCCCUCAACGCCACCCUGUCGGACCGGGGCGAGUGCGUCCGCAUCCUCAGCGACCUGCUGGACGUGGACGCCCUGGCCAAUCGCAUCACCUGCGAGCUGGCCGAGAUCCUCUUCCGCUUCGACUGUCGGCAGGUCUACUCGUUGAUCAACCAGUGCGACGACUGCAAGGAAGCAUAUCGUCGCUGGGUGUGCAGCACGCUGGUGCCAUAUUUUGCCGAGCCAAAGGACGUUGCGCCACUCGGGAAUGAGCAGAGUAGCAAUGCGAAAACCCCGGGCAAAAACAAGCGUUCGGCGUGGAGUGCAACGUGGACUGAGGGAGGGGGAGCUGGUGGAGCUGGAGGAGCUGGUGGAGCUGGAGGAGUAAACGGAAUCAAGCAUAAAUCUCUGAAAUUAAUCAGCAAUAACAAUAAAUCAAAUAACGGCAAUAACAUGAACGAGCGUCAGAUUAAUCAGAAGACUGACAAGAGCUCGACGGCGAAUGGGAACGAGGAAAACGCAAACGUGAACGGGGACAAUGACCGCAAUGUGGAGGAUGCGAUUGGCAGGGAUCUGGCUCAGACAUUCUAUGAUGUUGUUGGCAUGUCUAAUCCCCACCAGAGCCAGGUGGCGGCGGGAGUGGAGGAUGGAGGCGAGGGGCCAGUUGCCAUGGCCGCGGCUGAGGCUGAAACACAAUCCAAUAAUUUCAUAUCGACUGCCAAUAAUGCGGAUCCCAGAGCCUUGGAUCCAGUGAUAUCAAAACUUCAAAAGAGAUCAACACGCAAGACAGAGUUCCGCAAACGACGACGCAUCCGGCCCUGCCUGAGCGUCUGCCAAACUGUGGAACAAAAGUGCCCCUAUCUGCUGCCCGCCGACCGCGCCCCUGCGCUGCCCACCCAAUAUGCCGGCGAGCCGACAUUUCUCUGCCUAGAUCAAAAUAUACCCGAAACUGGGGAGCAGCUGAAGAAGUCCAGCUACGGCCCCAACGACUGCUGCUACAGUUACUGCAAUGGAGCCGCGAGCGGAGUGUGCACCGUGUGUCAGGACUUUGCCCCGCCCCCGCCCCGAGCGAUCCCCAGCGAUGUGGCAGCAAACUCCACCCGCCGAGUCCACAACAUAACACUCACGCUAAGCUCUCCCCCCGGCGAGCAUGCCCGGGCCAAGAGCGUGGCUCUGGCCCUGAGGAACGUGACAAAGGAGCGCGACAGCGAGCAGGACGCCAUGGAGUCGCUGAUGGAGCGCCUGCCGUACUAUGCACGGCUCGACAGCAUCUACUACUACGACGAGGACGGAGAGAUGCCCAAGGCGCCGGUGUCCGGCAACUGUGCCCCCGUGCCAGCCGUCACCACUCGCUGCACAUUCCCGUACUAUGCCUCGGGCACAGAGGCCGCGGCACCGCCCACGCAGCUGCUCGUCUGGCUGAGUGCGUUGCUCGGCCUUCUCAGCAGCUGUGGGGCGGCCCGCAACCGCUGGAGCUGCAGCUGGAGCUGGAGCGGCGUCUGUGGGCAGCGCGGCAGUGGUCGCCAGUGCGUCAACUGCGAGGCCAGCUGCCACGAGCAGGAGCUUAUCACCAGCACCAGCGGCGGCAGCGGCAACAGCGCUGCAAGUGCCUGCAGUGGCAACAGGAACAGGAGCAGCCAGCAAAGCGUCGAUGGUAAAUGCAAGGAAAAGGCUCCCCAAUCAGAAGCCGAGGCUGAGGCCAACGCCGAGGAUGGAGCUGCUUCCGGGUCGAAUGCCUGGAUGUGGGCGUGGUCGGUGAGACCACUGAAUACUCAUAGGCAAAUGUGUAGCAAAGUACGGUACUUUAGUAGCCGGAGUAAGUUUAAAUGCGAGUCGAGAGGUAGUGGUGGUCGUAUAACCAUGCCUAACUAUAGAGACUUAGAUCCAGUACGAUUACGAGUCAGGAUCAGGAUCACAAUCAGGUGGAGUUGGAGCUGGCCAGGCGGGGACGGGCGGUGGUGGGGGAUGUCAGCGUCUCAGACGAGGGAGGGGUGCACUAGGACUAUUAACUAUCGCUAUUUCUACUACUACAACUACAACAUCAACGAUUGGUGGCGGAGAUGGUGUCUGGGGCAGCGGGAGGGGGAGAGGGAGGGGGAGGGGAAGUGGCGGACUGUGGGCAGCGGUGCCUUAUAG